AUACUUCGUGUUGUUCUGCCUGUCGAAAUCAGCCGCCAAAACACUAUUCGAUAUUCAGCAUAGAAUCAUUUCUUUAAAAUCCUGGGCUACUUGCUCGGCAAAUAUAUUUCGAAUAUUGUCACGCACCCUUUUUAAGGGGACCUGUGCCGAAUGUGCCUUUACUCACCGGCAGUGAGACCCACUCUCCCCACCUGUCUACUCUCCAGUUUAUCACAUGCUGCAAAAAGACGAAUAUGGCGGGCAUUUCGAGUGGACAAAUACUUCGCAUUAAAGAGUUGAUUCACCUGGGAGCAAGUUUGGAUGGUAAAUCUGUGAGGACAUGGGGAAGGGCACUGACACAUAACAUCGCAAGAAGUCAACUAAAAGUGUGCGAUGAAGGCAUUGAACUGAACAUCGAUACUUCAUUUGUGGAACCAACGGCUUUUAACAGAGGAUCUUUGUAUCAAUUUAUAGGAGAAGUUUAUGUCAGCGAAAACAUUAUUUUACGAGCAAGAAUUGCUACUUGUAUAGAUGGAAUGGACAUGACUCUCUUUAAUCAAGCUUUAGAUAUCAGGAGGAAAUAUUUGCAGGAAGAUAUAGCAACUGUCUCUUGAGAAUAUUACAAGCUUUUAUAAUCAAUUUUCAGCCAGCCGCCAAUUACAAAUACCUAUUGUUUCUUUGGCUUGGAAAUCUUGGUUGAUUAAAGAAGCGUUACUCCCAAAUAUUGUACUUAAUAAUACAUUUGGCAAAUCAGGGUUUAAUGUUUUUAAGCUUUUUCUAGUAUAUAAGCUUACAAAAAAUGUAUUGGACAAAAAAAAGAUUGAAUUGUCCAUCUUCUGUCCACUUUAGAACAUUGCAAAACAGGGAACAGUGUGGCAUGAAAAUAAAAUUGAGAGGUAAGAGGUCUCUCCACAUAAGCCUAACUCUAACUCUCAGAAGUGAUCAACAUAUAAGUUCUCUCUAUAUUAUCCAUACAUUAUCCAACAUAGAGGUAUUGAGAAUACUCAAACUUAUCAGGUAGAAGUAGUUGUCUUGAUCUAAGACCAAAUUCUUGUAACUAAGUUGAAAGGAAAUGUAAGGCAGAUAAAGGGGAUAAUUAGCAAACAGAUCUUGGGAGUUAAAGGGUUAAAGAAGACUACGACACUGAAAUGAAAUAUGAAAUAAAGGAAGGGUCUUUUCAGAAAGUUUUCAAGAAUUCCUGCUAAAAACCCUUUGAUAAAGUUGCCUGAAAAAAUCUGAGAAGUGACUUAACAUAAAAUAUGACAAUUAUGGAGCUUAACCCUUGAAUUUGCAGGAGUGACCGAGACAGAAUUUCUCCUUACGAUAUCAGAACAACUUAAAGUGGGCAAGUGAUGAGAAUAAAGAAAAAUAUCAAUUGUUGGAUCAUUUGUCAUCCAAUUCUAAAUUCUCCAAACCAACAUCAUAAUAAUUGUAUGGCAGACAGUAACAAGAAUUACUAAUGAGAUAUAGGGACCGAAAGGAUUAAGUUGGUUUUAGGAAACAGUUUGUGGUGAAUACAUUUAUAUUUUCUAGUUUAGUUAUCUAAUAAUGUAGUGUGAUUUGUAAACCUUCUCAGUCUUUGUAUUUUGCUGGUUAAUGAUUUUCCAGAGCUCCAUAUAAAAGUUUUGUUCGACAUA